AUGAGUGAUCCCUUCCCUUUUUCACCCACCCCGUCGUCACAGUUUCCAGAAAAUGAACCGAUUUAUGGCUGGAUAGCGCCUCCUUUUCCGCAAAAUUCCUUUGCGCCUCAAGGUCCGUCCGAGGCGACAUCCAACCAAGGUGAAAUUUCGAGCGCUUCCGUUGUCGUCCCUCCGGAGCACUCUCAGAACAGCAAGGUCGCGAUUCCGCGGUCAGUGAGCUCAACCGCGGUCUCGACCAGAGGGCGAGUCAGUCGAGCCUGCGAAAAUUGCCGUGAGCAAAAAGUGAAAUGCAGCGGGCAACGUCCAUCAUGUCAGCGAUGUCAGGAAUCGGGGGUCCAAUGCUCGUACGGCGAUCGAAAGCGGGAGAAGUUGGCUAGGCGACUAAGUGACCUCACUGCGCGGGUCGAAUCCUUCGAAAAUUUGCUGCAAAACAUCUAUCCAAAUCUGGACUCUCUGUCCGCUCAAUAUGUUGAACAGAUUCUGAGCGAUCAAUACGACAACGACCAACCCCCGAACCAUUUGCCAUCAGAACUCCCCUCUCCUCUUUUCAGCACUGAUCCGGGAUCUGCGAUAGGCGCGAUCGACUUUACCGAUGAAGAUUUCAACCGUGAUGAGAAAAUACAAGCCAUGGGCUUUGUGGGAGAGCAUUCAGAGAUCGCGUGGAUGUAUAGGCUCAAAAAGAUCCUCCACCAUUUUGAGCAUGGUCCGCUAGGCAAAGGCCUGGAUCGCAAUUAUGUCACCACGGUGAACUACUUUCUCGACGAUGCCGAAGUAGCCGUCCUCGACGAAGUUGACUUGUUUCAACGACCACUUCCCGCGGUUGCUGACCGUCUAGUCGAAAGCUAUUUUCACAUUGUGCAUCCGUGUUUUCCAAUCGUCAGCAGGGCCACUUUCUUGGGUCAAUACAAAUCUUUCUAUUCUACCCCCUCUGUCCGACCCGGGAAACGGUGGUUGGCGAUCCUCAAUCUGAUAUUCGCCAUUGCUACGAAGUACGUUCACGAUUCCGCGAAGGAUACGGAGGCCAAUGCCCACGACCAUACCAUCUACUUCUCUCGAGCGUGGAAGCUCAGUAUGGGCGAUGUUACCUUGCUACACCACCCAAAUCUCCAACAGGUACAGGUUGAAGGUUUGAGCGCUUUCUAUCUCAUGACGGUGGGCCAGGCCAAUAGGUCUUGGAGGUUGUCCGGGAUCUCGAUACAAUCAGCUGUCACAAUGGGGUUGAAUCUUCGCAACGAGAGCAAUAUCAUACUAUACAGCUCGAGAGAGACUCGUUACAGGGUCUGGUGGGCUGUUUACGCACUCCAUGUGUUGCUGUGCGUGAUGACUGGGCGUCUCCUAAGCAGCACCGAAGAUGCCUGUACCACCCCUCUCCCAGUACCAUUUGUUGAAGAAGAAUUUUCGCGCGGCGAAGUUGAACAGUUGAUCUCAGACCAUGAGGCGCGAACGGUUUUUAUGCGUAAUCUGGUGUCGCGAUCCUCGGCACAAUCGGCAGAAAGAGCACUGAUACCUGAGUCGACCAGGCGGCAGUCUCCCAGCCCUGGUAAGCAAAGUGACCGAAUUGCGUCCGCUGCUGCCCGUAUUCUCACACCGAACGUUUCAUUGCAUUUCCUCUACUUCGUCGAGCUGGGGUUAAUCAUGCGAAGGUGCAUCGACGCUUUAUAUGCCCCAGGAGCAGGGCGUAAAUCAUGGCGCUCAAUUGAAAUGGUCAUCUCCGCGUUGAACAGCAGAGCGGACAGUUGGCUCGCUAAACUUCCCGCUGAAUUCCAUUUUCUCCAGGGAACCUCGGCCUGUGAAAGAGAAAGGCUCAGUCUUGCCUUUUCCUAUUAUAGCACCAAGAUACUUAUCACCCAACCAUGCCUUAGCCGCAUCCUUUCGCAGGUCCCAUGGGAUAUUCAAAGCGAGACCUUCUGCACCACGGUGACCGGAAAUUGUAUCGACAUGGCUAGUCUAAUGUUGGAGCUCCUCCCUGAUAGCCUAGACCUCGCUUGGGUAUAUCGGAUGUCUCCUUGGUGGUGUAUCGUGCAUUAUAUCAUGCAAGCCAUCACGGUCCUUCUCAUUAGCCUCCUCAUCAAAGCGAAAACGAAUACUAUUCAGGACUCGAGGACUGUUGACAACAUUUCUAAGGCGGCUGGCUGGCUUUCUGUCUUGGCCGUCAAGGACCCGUCAGCACAACGAGCUUGGGCCGCGAUCCAGGACCUGUUGUCCCACCGUGAAAUUGAGAAUGCGAUGAAAUCAAAUCAGGGCUGA